AUAAACUCAACAAAUGUAGAAUUAGGAUAUAUGAAUUACAUUCCAUCAUCUAAGGCAUGCUGAUUAUGGCUAACUAUUUUCGUAUCAGUUUGAGGGGUACUGAUUUUGUAACAGUCUCUGAAUCUGCCAGGGAUUUCAUGGAUGAAUUCGUAAAAGAUGGCCGAGCAGAAGUCAAAUCAGAUGGUAACUACUUUGUGGACAGAAACCCUGCAAUAUUUCAUUAUAUUCUGGAUUAUUUGUCAGGAAGAAAAUUGCAUCUUCCAAAGGGUAUAUGUGCAAUUGAAGCAAGAGAAGAAAUAGAGUUCUGGAUGAUCCCUCUGGAGGCUGUGCCCAAAUGUUGUUACGAAGUAUUGUACAAUGAUAAUAUGUCUAGCUAUGAGGCGAUCGAGGAAAUGGAAGAAUAUAUGGCACAAGGGGUCUGUCCAAUAGAAACAGAAAUAAAAUGUUCUAAAGGUAAACUUCAGGAAGUUAGAGAAACUCUCAGCAGGGCAUUGGUGGAUCCAGGUUCCAGUUUACUGGGCAAGAUUUGGUUAUUUCUGGUGGCCGUUUUUACCCUAACAGCAGUUGUGUGCUACCUCCUGCAUUCGAACAGUGAAUUCCGUGUCACAAGAGAAAACAUUCCUCCAAUACCAGAUAAUAAUACAUACAACUUCUUCUUCAGCAAUCCAAAGCGUACAGUAUUGAUCACUAAAGUUGUUUCUAGGGAGCAUAUGAUCUUGGAAAUUAUUUCUAACGUGUUUCUUUUGUUUGAUUUAUUUUUAAGAUUUUUGAUUACCCAUCGGAAGAAAGCAUUCAUUUUGUCACCUCCUAACGUUAUAGAGCUAGUUUCAGUGGUAAUAUCAUUUUUUAUCAGCAUUGCUGAUAGGAAUCCUAGUAUAGUCAUCGAUAACAUAGCAGCCGAUAAACUUAUGGUGGUUUGUGGAUUUAUAUACUCCCUUAGAAUUCUCAGACUUUUGCGUUUAGCUGAAACUACUGCAGAAAUGAAUAUUUUAAGACUGUGUUUUAAAAAAAGCUGGAAAAUCAUAGCUCUUCUGUUCAUGGUGUUUACAAUUUUUUCUAUACUUUUUGGGUCUGGAAUGUACUGGGCAGAAUUUGAGAAUGCAGAAACGUUCCCUAACAUAUUAAUUAGUAUUUGGUGGGCAGUCGUAACUAUAACAACUGUUGGAUAUGGGGACCACUAUCCAAAAACAACUUUCGGGUAUUUGGUUGCAUCUUUGACGGCUCUGUUUGGAUUAUUGUUGAUAGCAAUGCCAAUUGCAGCUUUAUCUUCUAAUUUUGGCAUUAUUUAUAAUUGCUAUACAUAUAAAAAGAAAUAUGCUGCUGCUAGGAAAAAAUCCAAAAAUUGUAUUCAUCCGUGUAUUGUGAAAAAAUAAUAGCUAGGCAGGAA